CUUUCCUUUCCUUUCCUUUCCUCCAUUCCCCACUACAACUCCACCGCCCCCCCCCCUUCCCAUCUUCCCUUCCCUCCCCCUACGUCCUCGUGUGCACUCGACCCAGCAGGACUCUCUCUGUCUCUUCCUCUCACCUCCACAUUGCCGUUUCCCCCUCCUAACUAACACCCACAUACAAACAUGUCUCUGAACAGCGCCCGUGUCAAUUCCCUGAGGGACAUCAUCGAUCGCCCCACAAGAAAGAUCGCCUACCCAAAGAAGCCCGAUGGCAAGCCCGUCUACACCUCCGAGUUCUUUGGCGAAAACGUCUUCCAUCUCCAGCAGAUCGCCAAGGCCCUGCCCAAGCCCGCCUAUGCCUCCUUCCUCAAGCAGAUGCGUGGUCGUCAGGCCCUGGAUCGCUCCACCGCUGAUGCCAUUGCCCACGCUGUCCGCAUCUGGGCCAUGGACCGCGGUGCGACCCAUUUCACCCACUGGUUCCAGCCCCAGACCGGCACCACUGCCGAGAAGCACGAUGCCUUCCUCACGCUCAAGUCCACGUUUACAGCCGCUGGCGAGGAGGUCACUGCAAUUGAUGCCUUCUCCGGAUCCCAGUUGCUCCAGGCCGAGCCUGAUGCCUCGUCCUUCCCCUCCGGAGGCAUGCGCACCACCUUCGAGGCCCGUGGCUACACCGUCUGGGACACCACCUCACCCAUGUUCAUCCAGGAGGGCCCCCAUGGCACCUCGGUUCUCUACAUCCCCUCCAUCUUCAUCUCCUACAACGGCGAUGCCCUCGAUGAAAAGACCGUCCUCCUCCGCUCGACCGAGCAGAUCUCAAAGUCUGCCAGCGAGCUCCUCAACCUCAUCGACCCCGUCCCCGUCGGCGCCCAGCCAAAGAUCAGCCACGUCCUCACCACCCUCGGAACCGAGCAGGAGUACUUCUUGAUCGAUCGCUCCCUCUACGCCCUCCGUCCCGAUCUCAAGACUACCGGACGCACCCUCAUCGGAAACCUGCCCCCCAAGCACCAGCAGAUGGACGACCACUACUUUGGACGUGUCCCCUCCAAGGUCAUGGCCACCAUGUCCGAGGCCGAACUCGAGCUCUUCCGUCUUGGUGUUCCUGUCAAGACCCGCCAUAACGAGGUCGCCCCUCAGCAGUUCGAACUUGCCCCCAUCUUCGAGGAGGCCUCGCUCGCGGUUGACCACAACCUUUUGACCAUGGACGUCCUCUCCAAGGUCGCACACAAGAACAAGAUGAAGGUUCUUUACCACGAGAAGCCCUUCAAGGGCGUCAACGGAUCCGGAAAGCACUGCAACUGGUCCAUGUCAACGGACAAGGGUGAGAACUUGCUCGACCCCACUGUCAAGCCCGAGACCAACUACCGCUUCUUGCUCAUCCUCGUCUCGGUCCUCCACGCUGUUCAGCAACACGGUGCUCUCUUGCGCACGUCCAUCUCCUCAGCCUCGAACGAGCACCGUCUCGGCGCCUGUGAGGCUCCCCCAUCGAUCCUUUCUAUCUUCCUGGGUCAGCACCUGACCGAGGUCCUGAACUCGAUCGAGGAGAGCCGUCCCAUCAAGAACUUCUCCAUGCCCGAGAUCCAUACAAUCAAGCUCGGAGGUACCGUCCUGGACGUCAAGGUUGCGUCCUUGCCCAGCAUCGCCCGUGAUUUGACCGACCGCAACCGCACCUCGCCCUUCGCCUUCACCGGUAACAAGUUCGAGUUCCGUGCAGUGGGCUCGAAGCAAUCCCCUGCUUUCCCCGUCACGAUCCUCAACGCCGCCGUCGCUUCGGCCCUCGGGGACGUCACUGCGGCCCUUCGCGAGCAGAUGGGCGACAAGCCCUUCCCCUCGGACGCCGACAAGUUGGCGGUUAUCAAGAAGUUCAUUGCCUCGACCAAGAGCAUCUGCUUCGAGGGCGAUGGUUACUCCGAUGCCUGGAUUGCCGAGGCCGAGAAGCGUGGAUUGCCCAACAUCCGCACCUGCCCCGAAGCCUUUGAGCAGCUCCUCAACCCUGCUCACGCUUCCAUGUUGACCAAGCUGGGCAUCUUCUCCCAGACCGAAUUGUCCUCACGCUACCUUAUCAUGAACGAACGCUAUGCCAAGGACUUGCUGGUGGAGGCCAACACCAUGCGCACACUCCUGGCCCAGCAGAUCUUGCCCGCCGUGUUCGAAUACCGCGGUAGCUUGGCCCAGUCCGUCCAGUUGUUGAGCGGUAUCGAGGGUGAGGCCCAGUCUCCAGAAUUGGAGGCCCUCAAGGCCUUGACUCCCGCCGUCAAGGAACUCCAGGCCGGAAUUGUUGCCUUGGACGAGGCGAUUGCCAAGUUGCACGCCAUCCACGAUGAUCCCGUUACGGAGGCCAAGGCUGCCAGCGAUUACAUCAUCCCUGCCAUGCAGGCUGCUCGUGUUGCCGCUGAUAAGUUGGAGGUCUUGACCGCUGACAAGUUCUACCCCAUCCCCCGCUACUCUGAGUUGCUCUGGUUCUAGACGACCGCUUUUAUUACCACACAUAUUCCACUCACAUCCACACCCGCACACCCACACACCCACACAUCACCUGAAUAGAUUGUAGCAUAGUACAGCACUGAAAUGAAGCACUUCGUUUGUAAUAAAUAAGCAAUCCGUCUCGUUUUGUUUUAUUUC